AAUUGUAUGAUUUCACUGUAAGUUGGGUGGAAACUUGUGGAGUAAUUUAAGUGCUGCAGGCAUUGCUUUUUAUAACUUAUUACAUGUUUCUCCUGCAAAAAAAUCUAUAGUCAUAGCAACGACACAUCAUAUGCAUAUGCGAUUACCAGCUGUGAGGGCAGUGUGUAGGAAAAAGUACUGUGGGGGUGUUACUUUUUCCUCGUCUGCUUCAGCAUUGUUUCUCACGGCUGGCCCUGCAUGCAGUGAAGGCUGUACAUGUGUUUCUGCCAGAUGAAUCCAAGGUGCUUUGCGUCAUGUUUGGCAGGAGCCUGCGGAUCUGUGGCGGAUGAUUAGCUGGUUGUUCUUGAACUCUCAUUUCUUUUCGUUUCGUCCUGCUUCGCUGGGUCUCUAUGAAACUUUCAGACAGCAGCGAAAAAGUACAACUAUACAUCCACCAAACCUACACGCUAUUAAUAAGCUAUUUAUCCUGACAAAAGAAGGCAGCUGCAAACACAAAUAAAAGCGCCCUAAGGAUUACGGGCUGGAUGUUCUGCCCCGCUUUGCGAUCGCUGUAAGAAAUGGGAAAAGGCUUUUACGUCAGCAAAAACUUGGGCGUUGCAGCUGUCGUGCUUGCUGCGGGUGCCGUGGCCACCAUCAUUGCUUUGUCCGUUGUCUACGCCAAAGAGAAAUCCAAAAACCAGGAGAAAGUCGGUCACCACAGAGCAAUACCCACGACACACCCUGCUGGUGCUGCAACUGCUGCGCCUUCAAACAAGCCAUGGGACAGAUACAGACUCCCAGACACCCUGGUACCUGAAAACUACAGCCUUGUCCUGUGGCCACGACUGCAGCCCAACGAGCACGGGAUGUACAUAUUCACCGGAAACUCUAGUGUGGUUUUCAAGUGCGUCAAGGAAACUGACUCGAUUCUCAUUCACUGCCAUAAGCUGAACCUGACCAUGGUCGAUGGCUACCACGCAAAAUUGCUGAGCGUAGAUGGCUCACCUGUGCCAACCUUGAAGACCACCUGGCUGCAGGAGAAGACGCAGCUCCUUGUUAUUCAGCUGAACGGCAACCUGAAGGUCGGGAAGUUCUACCAGCUGGACACGCAAUUUCGAGGGGAGUUGGCUGAUGAUCUGGAAGGUUUCUACCGGAGUGAAUAUUACGAGGAUGGUGCGAAAAAAGUUAUUGCCACGACUCAGAUGCAGGCCACAAGUGCCAGGAAGGCCUUUCCUUGCUUUGAUGAACCUGCGAUGAAAGCUGUGUUCAGUGUCAUUCUCAUCCACGAUUCUGACAUGGUGGCUUUAUCUAAUGGCAUGGAGAGUGCCACAGAGCAGAUUGUUAUAGAGGGCCAUACUGUCAAGAAGACCGUGUUUCAGCCUACAAAGAGGAUGUCAACUUACCUGCUGGCAUUUAUUGUCAGUGACUUUACAUUUGUCAGCACUGAGCAAAAGAAAAAUAAUGUUUUGGUCCGAAUUUGGGCUCGAAAAAAAGCCACAGAUGAAGGACAGUCGAAAUAUGCUCUUAAUGUGACAGGUCCCAUUCUGGAGUUCUUUGAGAAAUACUACAAUGUCAGCUAUCCACUGCCAAAGUCAGACCAGAUUGCUUUACCAGACUUCAAUGCUGGCGCAAUGGAGAACUGGGGACUCAUUACUUACAGAGAAACAUCUCUCCUCUAUGACCCAAAAAUGUCCUCUAAUGGAAACAAGGAGCGAGUGGCAAGCGUAAUUGCUCAUGAACUGGCUCACAUGUGGUUUGGAAACCUUGUGACAAUGAGAUGGUGGAAUGACCUGUGGCUGAACGAGGGCUUCGCCACUUACGUGUCUUACCUUGGCGUUGAUUAUGCUGAACCCACUUGGAACAUCAAAGACUUUGUGGUCCUCUCUGAAGUGCACAGGGUCUUUGCUGUUGAUGCCCUGGCAUCCUCUCAUCCACUCUCAUCCAGCGAAGCCAAGGUCAGCAAGUCCGAGGAGAUCAGUGAGGUGUUCAAUUCCAUCUCCUAUAGUAAGGGGGCCGCGGUACUAAGGAUGCUCUCUAAUUUCCUGUCAGAGCCAGUGUUUGCCAAAGGACUGAACACUUAUCUGAAUCAGUUUGCUUAUGGCAACACAGUGUAUACAGACCUCUGGAAUCAUCUUCAAAAAGCCGUAGACGGUACACCCAGUGUGAAGCUGCCACACACUGUGACUGACAUCAUGAACCGCUGGGUGCUCCAGAUGGGCUUCCCAGUGGUCACCAUUGAUACUCGCACAGGACAGCUGUCCCAGAAGCACUUUCUUCUCAACCCUGAAUCAGUGGUUGACACGCCAUCCCAGUUCAAUUAUGAGUGGUAUGUGCCAAUAAACUGGAUGAAGACGGGUGUGGAAAAGAAGCGCUACUGGCUACUGAGUAAAACAGCUACUCACAGUGCAAUGAAAACCAGUGGAACGGAAUGGGUGCUGGCCAAUAUCAAUGUCUCUGGAUACUACAGAGUAGACUACGAUUUAAACAAUUGGGAGAAGUUGCUCACUCAGCUGAAUGAGAACCAUAAGGAUAUUCCAGUGAUAAACAGGGCCCAGAUUCUGGAUGAUGCCUUCAGUCUUGCGAGAGCAAGAAUACAGAAGAUAACACUGGCUCUGAGAACAACAAAAUAUCUUUCCCAUGAAAGAGAGUAUAUGCCAUGGGCAGCAGCAAUCAGAAAUUUGAACUACUUCUUCCUCAUGUUCGAUCGCAGUGAAGUUUAUGGACCAAUGGAGGCUUACAUAAGGAAACAAGUUGCUCCUGUUUUUGCUUACCUCAAGACAAUUACAUUAAAUUGGUCAAGAGUGCCAGCUGGACACACAGAUCAGUAUAACCAGGCUAGUAUCAUCAUGCUAGCCUGUAAUAACGGUCUUAAGGAGUGCCAGAAUUUGACAACAUGCUGGUUUAGAGAAUGGAUGCAGAACCCGGACAAAAACCCGAUUCAUCCAAACCUGAAGUCGGCGGUGUACUGCAGUGCGAUUGCUGCCGGAGGCUCUGAGGAAUGGGACUUUGCCUGGCAGAUGUUCAAGAGGGCCUCCAUCGCAAGCGAGGCAGAUAAGCUGCGGGCUGCCUUGGCUUGCACAAAAGUACCCUGGUUGUUGAACAGGUAUCUGCAAUACACCUUGGAUCCGACUAAAAUUCGAAAGCAAGAUGCUACAUCAACAAUUGUUUACGUUGCUAGCAAUGUAGUCGGACAGAUUUUGGCUUGGAAUUUUGUCAGAACGAGAUGGGAAUAUAUAUAUUCACAAUUUGGUGGGGCUUCGUUUUCAUUUCCAUAUCUUAUACAAGGAGUGACAAAGAGAUUUUCAACAGAAUUUGAUCUCAGGGAGUUACUGCAGUUCAAGGACAACUCCAAGGCUGGGUUUGGCUCUGGCACAAUGGCAUUGGAACAAGCUAUUGAGAAGACGAAAGCGAAUAUCCAGUGGGUGGCAAAGAACAAAGAGGAAGUUUUGAAGUGGUUUACCAGUGAAUCAGCAUAAAACCUCAGUAGGACGUCAAACAGUUACUGGGGAAAUGUCAAUAAUGAAGUUGUGUUAUCUCAGUGGGACAGCUGCUGGAGUGGAACAUAUUGACAGCUCCACAGACUCACUCUGCUGAUUGUUUCCCGUUCCUGGUUGUACCUGUGGUCUCUUGAAUUUGAUUUUUUAGAUCAUGGAUUGUAUUUUUCUCAGAUUAUAUUUUUACAUGUUUCUUGUUCACCUAUACGCUCCCCAUCGGUGAUAAUAAUUGCAAAUAUUAGAAAGCAAGAUGU